AUGGGAAAUGUUCGCCGAUUUCAUUCAGAGACUGAAUCCAUAAAUGCAUUUGCAAUCCGGGUUAUCGUGGCAGUGAUUGUGAAAUUGGUAGGUAACUUUUGAAGCUUUUCAAUCAUUCCAUGAUAAUGAUAACCACAAUUGAUCUUAGGACAGAUCUUUGAUUUUUCUGACUGGUCAUAAUUCCUAUUGUGGAAACCAACUCACAUCCUAUCGGAGAAGGUACGUGAAAUAAAGUUCAGGGAACAAAUGUGCCAAUGAAUUAUAGUAGGAUGCUUUUUUGGAACUGUCCAUUUCAUAUUUUGUCAAAUGGACAAAGCUUAACAAAACCCUGACAGAGCAAAAAAUAGUGCGAUUCAAAAAUACAUCAUAGUGCGAAGAGCUAAUCAGAUUGCAAGGAUCAAUAAUGAUUUUAAAAUGAUUAUGAUAAACCAUUUUUUUUUUCCUGAAAAUGAUAAAUUAUGAUAAAAAACUGACAGUCUCUAUUAGAAUAAAAUGACCUAAACAUUCGUCCUUCAGGACUUCAGUUGUAGGUUUCUUAACUUUGACUAAAAUGUGCACACUUAUUUUCAGCGCCAUUGGAAUGUAUGAAUUACAGUGUACUGAGCGAGCCCGGUCGCCACACAUCGUUUGGAAGAGGAGGGAACUCGGACAGGUCUCUUGUGUCUGGCUGUUACAGAUUUCAAUCCAGCUCACACACUAAAAUGCUGGACCAAUGUAUCAGUCCCCGCAAAUGCCUAACACUCCUCAGUGGUUUCUUAAACGGCUGCAUCCACUCAUCAAGGAUGGCAUUGUCAACAGGGAGGCGUGUUUCGAUGGUCAUUCUGAUUGCUGCUACAGAAAAGUUAAAAUUAAUGUGA